AUGGAGGGAAAAGAAAAGAGAUCCUUGCCGCUUAAUCUCCCUCUUCCUAGGAAGGAAGAUGUGGUCGGUUCCCCAAGGCUUCAAGAGCCCAGCAGUUCGCACCGCUAUUCAGUGGCUAGCACGGGGAUAGGCGACCCGAGCAGUCCUUAUUUGCGUUCGCCCGCGCUCACACACAUAUCUUCUGCUCUACCCUCUCCCAAGGCAGCUGCGCUUGGAACAACCGUUCUCCCGCCUCCUUUUACUUCACCUCGCCAACUUCCACAGAAAGAUGUGCUUCGCCACGGUGUCCUCAUAUCUCCGGGGGAGGAGGCGCCAAGGGGCACUAUCAUGACACCAGCGAUCAUCCGAGCCAAAGCACAAGGCAAAUCUCUGCCCCCAAUAAAGGAGGACCAUAUCAGCAUGCUUGAUGAAUUCGUCUCACCCCACACCGCGAGUUUGAUCGACGAGAUUCCGAAGGAGAACAUGUUGAGAAUGGCUGGCCCGAGCAUGUUUCCAUACGAUGCGAGGUUCACUGAAGACGUGAAACAAUACCAACUGGAUCAUCCCAUACCUCCAAGUAUGCUGAAGAAAUACCCCAACUACGGAAAGUUCCCGCUCUUGCUGAAUCAAAUUCACCGCCCAACGUUAGAGCCAAACGUCAAGGACGUGAAAGACUUUGAGCACCUUCGUGGACACAAUGAAGCAAUGCUAGAAAACAAAUGGGAGGAGGAGAAGGAGCGGAAGGACCGAGGCCUUUCUAUGAGGGAGGCGUAUAUGUACGUCCCUAAUUUCGGACGAGUGCAGGUGCUCCUAACAGACUUUUCUGAUGAGACAGCGCGUGCUUCUCCUUCCCCCCGUGGCAGUGCUAUGCAGGAGUGCACUUAG